CCCCACCCCGUCAGCUUCCUGUGCCGUCCCAUCGUUAAAGAAACCAACGAGAGGACACCGCCUGCGUCUAGAGCAGCCUCGCCGGGAGCGUAACUGAGUGGCCGGUGGACGUGAGAGGAAAGCCCACGUAAGGCUGUGCUUUCCUGCCUUCGAGCCAUUCUAGAUGCGGAAAAAUGCUAUCAGAAAGCAGUUCGUUUUUGAAGGGUGUGAUGCUUGGAAGCAUCUUCUGUGCCUUGAUCACUAUGCUGGGCCACAUUAGGAUUGGAAACAGAGUGCACCAGCAUGAGCAUCACCAUCUGCAAGCUCCUAACAAAGACGAUAUCUCAAAAAUCUCAGAGGCUGAACGCAUGGAGCUCAGUAAGAGUUUCCGGGUAUACUGUAUAGUUCUCGUAAAGCCCAAAGAUGUGAGUCUUUGGGCUGCAGUGAAGGAGACUUGGACCAAACACUGUGACAAAUCAGAAUUCUUCAGUUCUGAAAAUGUUAAAGUGUUUGAGUCCAUUAAUAUGGACACGAAUGACAUGUGGUUGAUGAUGAGGAAAGCUUACAAAUAUGCCUAUGAUAAAUACAAGGACCAGUACAACUGGUUCUUCCUUGCACGCCCCACUACUUUUGCUGUUAUUGAAAACCUCAAAUAUUUUCUGUUAAAAAAGGAUCCGUCACAACCUUUCUAUCUUGGACACGCUAUAAAAUCUGGAGACCUUGAGUAUGUGAGUGUGGAUGGAGGAAUUGUCUUAAGCAUAGAGUCAAUGAGAAGACUCAACGGCCUUCUCGGUGUUCCUGAGAAGUGUCCUGAACAAGGGGGAAUGAUUUGGAAGCUAUCUGAAGAUAAGCAGCUAGCAGUCUGCCUGAAAUAUGCUGGAGUAUAUGCAGAAAAUGCAGAAGACGCCUAUGGAAAAGAUGUGUUUAAUACCAAAUCUGUUGGGCUUUUCAUUAAAGAGGCAAUGGCUAGCCACCCAAACCAGGUAGUAGAAGGGUGCUGUUCUGAUAUGGCUGUGACUUUCAAUGGACUGACUCCUAAUCAGAUGCAUGUGAUGAUGUAUGGGGUGUACCGGCUUAGGGCAUUUGGACAUGUUUUCAAUGAUGCACUGGUUUUCUUACCUCCAAAUGGUUCUGAGAAUGACUGACAAAAAGCAAAAGUAUGCAUUUGGUAACCAUGUU